CAGAGGGAAGUUGGAUGACGUUUGCUUUCUCGGCGUACGAGAACGGAGCAGUAGCGAAAAAUUCGAUCGAUAUUUCGUAAAUCCCGUGUCCCGUGAAUAGGAACCUGAACCUGCUGCUGCAACUGCCGCUGCCGCUGUUGGUGUCCCCCACCGUAUUGUGUGUGUUUUUGCAUCGCAGUGAGCCACGACACGACCUGCUCCUCUCGCUUGAGCUCGCAAUCUCGUCGUCCAAGUAGUCGGGGAGAGGAUCGAUAAGCGGAUACUAGGAAAGCAGCGGGGGAAAAAAACAAGCAAGUCAAAACAAAAACAAAGUCGGUUCCCGCGAUGGCACCGGUUCGGGGCGAUGGAAUGCGCGGCUUGGCCGUGUUCAUUUCGGAUAUUCGUAAUUGUAAAAGCAAAGAAGCGGAAAUCAAGCGCAUCAACAAGGAGUUGGCCAACAUCCGGAGCAAGUUCAAGGGGGACAAAACGCUCGAUGGGUACCAGAAGAAAAAGUAUGUGUGCAAGCUGCUGUUUAUCUUUCUGCUUGGACACGACAUCGAUUUUGGCCAGAUGGAGGCCGUCAACCUGCUGUCGUCGAACAAGUACUCGGAGAAGCAGAUUGGCUAUCUGUUCAUCUCGGUGUUGGUCAAUACCAACAGUGACCUGAUUAAGCUCAUCAUUCAAAGCAUCAAGAACGAUCUGCAGUCGCGCAAUCCGAUUCACGUGAACCUGGCCCUGCAGUGUAUCGCCAACAUCGGAUCUCGGGACAUGGCCGAGGCGUUCUCGACGGAGAUUCCCAAGUUGCUGGUGUCGGGCGACACGAUGGACGUGGUCAAGCAGUCGGCGGCGCUUUGUCUGUUGCGUUUGUAUCGCACCUGUCCGGACAUCAUCCCGGGCGGAGAGUGGACCAGCCGGAUCAUUCAUCUGCUCAACGAUCAGCACAUGGGAGUGGUGACUGCGGCGACCAGUUUGAUCGAUGCGCUGGUCAAGAAAAACCCGGACGAGUACAAGGGUUGCGUGAGUUUGGCCGUUUCCCGGCUGUCCCGUAUCGUGACCGCGUCCUACACCGAUCUGCAGGAUUACACGUAUUACUUUGUCCCGGCGCCGUGGCUGUCGGUGAAGUUGCUCCGUUUGUUGCAGAACUACAAUCCACCGACGGAAGAUCCGGGCGUGCGUGGCCGCUUGAACGAGUGUCUAGAGACGAUCCUGAACAAGGCGCAGGAACCACCGAAGAGCAAAAAAGUGCAGCACUCAAACGCCAAGAAUGCCGUACUCUUCGAGGCCAUUAACUUGAUCAUUCACAACGACAGCGAGGCCAAUCUGCUGGUCCGGGCCUGCAACCAGCUCGGUCAGUUUUUGAGCAAUCGCGAAACGAAUCUACGCUAUCUGGCUCUCGAGUCCAUGUGCCACCUGGCCACGUCCGAGUUCUCCCACGAGGCAGUCAAGAAGCACCAGGAAGUGGUCAUCCUGUCGAUGAAGAUGGAAAAGGACGUUUCGGUGCGUCAACAGGCCGUCGACCUCCUUUACGCCAUGUGUGAUCGUACCAACGCCGAAGAAAUCGUCCAGGAAAUGCUAAACUAUCUCGAAACGGCCGACUACUCAAUCCGCGAGGAAAUGGUCCUGAAGGUGGCCAUCCUGGCGGAAAAAUACGCCACCGAUUUCACUUGGUACGUGGACGUCAUUUUGAACCUGAUUCGAAUCGCCGGAGAUUACGUCUCGGAAGAAGUUUGGUAUCGCGUCAUCCAGAUCGUCAUCAACCGCGAGGAGGUCCAGGGUUACGCCGCCAAGACCGUCUUCGAAGCCCUCCAAGCGCCGGCAUGUCACGAGAACAUGGUCAAGGUCGGCGGCUACAUUGUGGGCGAAUUUGGAAACCUAAUCGCCGGCGACUCUCGCUCCGCUCCGAUGGUCCAGUUCAAGCUGCUCCACUCGAAAUAUCAUCUGUGCUCCUCAAUGACGCGAGCUCUCCUACUAUCCACGUACAUCAAGUUUAUCAAUCUGUUCCCGGAAAUUCGCACCACCAUCCAGGACGUGUUCCGACAGCACAGCAACCUGCGUUCCGCGGACGCCGAACUCCAGCAGCGUGCCAGCGAAUAUCUCCAGCUGAGCAUCGUCGCGUCCACCGACGUGCUGGCCACCGUCCUCGAAGAGAUGCCAUCGUUCCCGGAGCGCGAGAGCUCCAUCCUGGCGGUACUGAAGAAAAAGAAACCCGGACGCGUCCCGGAGAACGCCGAAAUCCGCGACAACAAGAGCCCGGUGCCCAACAGUGGCCACAAUGCCCACUCUGCUCAAAAUAAUCACAACGCUAGCGUCAACAUUUCCAACGCCAGUUCAGACCUGCUAGGCUUGAGCACGCCGCCGGCCACACAGUCCCAAACGGGCACCCUAAUCGACGUCCUCGGCGACAUUUACAGCGCAACGAACGGCAACAGCAACGUCAUCAACAACGCCAAGAAAUUCGUCUUCAAGAACAACGGCGUCCUGUUCGAGAACGACCUGCUGCAGAUCGGCGUCAAGAGCGAGUACCGCCAGAACCUGGGCCGCCUCGGUCUCUACUACGGCAACAAAACGCAAACCGCGCUCACGAACUUUGUGCCGACACUGCAGUGGUCCGCCGAGGAUGCGCUCAAGCUGAACGUGCAGAUCAAGGCGGUCGAGCCGACGCUGGAGGCGGGCGCUCAGAUCCAGCAGCUGCUGACGGCCGAGUGCAUCGAUCAGUACACCGGGUCACCGUCGAUCGUGAUUGGUUUCCGCGUGAGCGGGGGGGCGCCGCAGAAGAUUAACGUGCCGCUGCCGCUGACCAUCAAUAAGUUCUUCGAGCCGACCGAGAUGAACGCGGAGUCGUUCUUUGCGCGGUGGAAGAAUUUGGGCGGCGAACAGCAACGCGCCCAGCGCGUCUUCAAGGCCCAGCAGCCGCUGGACCUGCCGGGGGCGCGCAACAAACUGAUGGGCUUCGGCAUGCAGCUGCUCGAGGGUGUCGACCCGAACCCGGACAACAUGGUGUGCGCCGGCAUCAUCCACACCCAGGCCCACAAGGUCGGCUGCCUGUUGCGUCUGGAGCCGAACAAGCAGGCGCAGAUGUUCCGCUUGACGAUCCGUUCCAGCUUGGAGCAUGUGACGAAAGAAAUGUGCGAUCUACUGGCAGACCAGUUUUAAGACCAUCUCCCCGGCAAAGAUAAAUCGAGCAUAAUUUGGACAAUUGAAUAAGAGCCAUUGACCAGAGCUGAAGCUGAAGUAGAAUUAUGUUCAUUCAAGUAGUGUACGUGUGCGAGAGCUUGUUACUGGAAGACAUCCAGCAAUUGGUAUAGAAUUGUUGGCACUGUUUACGGAUCCGCUGGGCGAACGAAUCAACGAGAGCGCGCGUGUAAUUGUGAGUGAGUUUGGACGAAGCAAUGAAAAUAAUAAAUUGUAAGCAAACAUAAGAUACAGUAUGUUGAAAAUCGUAUAAUAAAGCUAUUGCAGCAAUCGUACAUGAAGUUUACUUCGAGCGUGGCGCCAAACUGUCGCGAUGAUUUGGCUGCGGAUGCUGCAUUCAGAAAAAGAGAGAUAGUUAUCCAAAUGAGCAAAGCAAAAAAUAAAACUCUCUUUCCUGGUAUUAUUGUCUAAUGAGUUGUCAGAUUUGUAUUAUGGAAGUGGACAUCCCCCUUAUCGAAACAAUGAUGAUUCCGAAUAUUUGUUGAAAUUUAUGUAGAAAAUUUAAGAACCCCUUGAACACGGUUAGUUUGUUCAACGAUAAUCUCAUUUAAUGCUUAGAAAUAUAAACAAAAUAAAAAAGAAGCAGUAAAGCAAAUAAUACAAAUUGGAACUAUUUAGACUAAUGUAGACAGUAGAUGUAGGUAUAUUACACAAAACAACCGGCGUAUUAGAUAUCAACAUUGAUGAAUCAAGGCUGAAGGCAAGGUAAUGUUUGACCAUCACACCACAAAACUCAUUCAUUGUUUCCGGCGUCGGCGUGAAUUUCAAGGCACUCGAUAAAUUGCACAAAGUACAUCAUCACUGCGAGAACAAUAGACGGACGGGAGAAUAAAGAGAAAAAAGAAUCGGUGCAAUAUAGGAAACCGCUCAUGCUUGAGAUAUUUGCAGAUGAGUUUAUUUUAGGGACAGAGCUUGUCCGUAAAACGAGGACAUUUUUUAAACGUUUUCUUUUCUCUCCAUUUUAUCCAUCAAAAUACUUGUUGGACAAAUGGCUUUAUUUUUUAUCUGCGGAUCGAAAAUAAGCGUUUGGUCCUCAAAUAUAGUUACUAAUAUAUUAUGUUACAUUUGUAAAUCAUGCAAACGUUAUAAAUACUACUGAUUAGAACUAGCACAUGUAUAUUAUUGGCUACUCUGUAUGUUUCCAUUAUUUACUCAUAAGAAGAAAAAAACGCUACGAACGCAUUAAGGUAUCAUUCACCGCAGAGAAAAUAUUAUAAAAAAUGAAAAGUAAAACAACCCGAGCGUGUGCUCUCCUCCCUGAAGAGAAACUACUCCAACACACACUCACAAAAUGGCAAAAGAAACUAUAAAACCUACUCUACAACACACAAACACACGUAAAAUAUUGCUAAGACAGGAAUAAAAAAAAAGAUACACACUUUCACAACCUUACAAAAACAAAAUGUACUAGAUAAACAAUGCAUACAUUGAAAAAGAUGGAGUAAAUGUAAAGAAAAGGAAGAAAUUCAAUAAUGAAGGAACAAAAAUACUAAAAUAAUAGAGGAAAAAUAAUACUAGAUUGCGUCGUGGACGGAAAACGUGAAAGAGGAACAAGAUAAAAUAACAUUCAAAAUCCAUGAAUAUGACAAACAUGAAGACAAAAAUAUACAAGGUUAUUGAAAAAUUAA